AUGGUGGCGCUCUCCCUCGCCCUGCUCGCCUUAAGCGUGGCUUACUUGGCGAGCGGGACGUGCCCAGCGCAAUGCACCGCCACGUCCAACAACGCAGCCUGGCCUUGUCGAUAUCACCAGAAUGGCUGCCAAGUGGCAGUGACACCGAACCCAGACCGGGCUGGUGCGUCCGACAUCAACGUGGCAGUCAUCAGCCCCUACAGCGGUGGGCUGGGAGAGCUAAUGACCAUGGUGGAACCUGCCAUCGCGGCGGCAGUGCAAGAUGUGGAGAGCAGCGGCUUUCUACCUGGGUUUCGGCUGAACGCGUUUCUGGGAGACUCCAAAUGCUCUGUGCCAAGUGCCACGCAGGCAACCAUCGAGGCCUGCUCGACCGGCCCCACCAAGCACGCCCUUCUGGCGGACUCCUGCAGUGCAGCAUGUGAAGCUGUCAAUGAUGCUGCGCAGUUCUUCAAUGUCCUGCAGGUUUCUCCCGGAUGCAUCUCAAACAGCCUCAGUGACUCUGCUCGUUAUCCAUUCUUCACACGCAUGGCACCUUCAUACCGCUUCAAUGUUCAGUCGCUCUACGAGUUCACGAAGCUUAUGGGCUUUCAAAGAAUCGGGGUCGUCGUGGGCUAUCGGAGCAUCAAUACCCUGGGUGCCGACUACCUCGUCAGUCUUAUGAGGGAUGACGUAGCUGCAGGGCGCUACAAUUGGACCAUCUUGUUCACAGUGCAGAUCACCAGCGCGGGCAACAUCGCCGAUGCCCAGGGUGCUGCCGAGGAGAUCGAGCGCAAGGACUCGCGCAUCAACAUCCUGGCCUUGUACCAGACCGAGGGGGCGAUGUUCUUGUGCCAGGCCUACCAGCGCAACCUGCUUUCCCCAGCCUACAACUUCAUGGCCGCCUCAGGAUGGUGGAACCCGUCCUACAUCGUGGAAAGGGCAGGUGCAAGCGACUGCCCCUGCUCGGUCGCCGAGCUGCACCGUGCAUCGUACGGGCUCAUUGCAGCAGACAAAGGGCCCAUGCUGAGCACUGAAGAUGUCCACGGCCUAUCCGGGCGCAGCUUUUCCGACAUCUACGGCAACUACACGGAGGAGUGCUUGAGCUUUGGGAACGGUACGGGAAUCUGCAAUCAUCAGUGGGCCGGGUAUUUUUACGAUGGCCUCUGGCUGAUUGCUAGCGUCCUUCAUACCUACCUGGUGGGCGGGAACAGGUCGAUCGCCGACUUGGCUACGCCCGCUUCCCGGCAGGCUCUGGAAGAUCUUUCUCAUCAGGUGGAUUUCGCGGGCAUCACCGGGCGUGUGCGCCAGUUCAGCACCCCGGAUCAGGCAGGAGAUCGAAAUGGGGUCAUCCUAUUGAGGCAGGCGGGCGGCCCCCCUGAAAGCACUUUCAACCACAUGGCCUUCCGCACGGAGACAGGCAUCAUCUUUCAAACAGAUGUGGUUUGGAGUCCCGACCCCGGGCACCGCAUCCCCUGCGCUGGCACCUGCGACUUGGCAUCCGGGUUUCGGCCGGCAGAUCGCAGCACCGGCUGUCCAGCUGGCAAGAUUUGGCUCAACGAACAGGGCUGCAUCGAGUGUCUCGAGGGGGAGUUUGCCUCGAGUGGGAUGGCCCAGUGCGAGCCGUGCGGCCCCGGCUCUUUCGCCAGCACGCCGGGGUCGCCAAGCUGCCAGCUCUGCUCGCCUGGGCACUACUCCUCGGCCGAAGGGGCCACCUCGUGUCUGGAGUGUGCAGCAGGCCACUCCCGAGACUCCCCCGGCGGGACCGUCUGCACGAAGUGCGCGCGUGGGUUCUACGCGGAGCAACCGGGCCAAGCGGCUUGUACACCCUGCCCGCCAGGGCUGAGCACCAACUUUGAGGGUGCCGUCGAGGUCAGCAUGUGUGAGUGCGACGGCUUCUACUGGGAGCAGGAAUGUGUGAAAUGCCACUAUGGAGAGCGAUUCGAAGCCGGGGUCUGCGUGAGCUGCAACCGCAGCGUGAUAUGCGAGGAGGGCGUGAUCGUCGGCAAGGCGCCGGAAGCCGAAACAUGGAGCAAGACCAUCAAUGCAGCGGGACUACAGCGGACGCUGUCCCAGAGGAUGACCAUCGAGUUUUUGCUUGUCGCCUUGGGCAUCGAUCCCGACGCAAACAGGCAGAAGAUGCACACGACCAUCAGCCGCUAUGGAGCCACUGUCCAAGACCUGAUGGCUGGUAACAGCAGUAGAGAGAUUCUGGCGGCUCCCACCGCGGACGUGCUCACCUACCUGCAGGCAGAGGUAUUGCCAACUUUCACAUCCUUGUCUUCUCUCCUCGAGGCGAACGUUGGCCUGCCUAGCGGCGCCUUCCUCAAUGAAAUAAGGCAGCAAACUGCGGCCUUGCUGGAAGUUUCCAUGGCCGUGGUGGACUUCUUUGUGGAGGCUGCAGCGGCCAGCGGUGCGCAGACAGCCGGUCUGUUAGUGAACGUCGCAGGUCGGCAGCGGACCAUCCUCCAGAAGCUGCUCAAGCAUGUCCUCUUCAUCGCCGCGGACGUGAGCGUCGAGGAAAGCCUCGAAGCGCUGGAGAGUGACCAGAGGCUUUUCGAAGACACCCACAACGCCAUCAUCCAAGGGGCAGAGUGGGCUUCCAUUCCACGGCUCACACGGCUUUGCACCCUGCACCAGAUGCGGGACGUCACCUUCUACUAUGAGGAAGGGAUCCGCGGGCCUGUGCGGGACAUGCUCAGCGCAGACCUGCCCGAUGUGGUCGCUUUGGCCCAAAUCGCUGCGCCGAACAUGUCCGACAACACGGACCCUCUCGGUGUGGCCAUGAACGCUGCUGUCCAGUUGUUCAUCAAUGAUCCUGGCACGUGCAACCCAAAGGAGCACAUGACAGAGAGUGACUGGUGGUAUCUCAUGAAGAGCAUGUCCUCCAAAGCAGCACGGAGCCAGGAGGUCUAUCGCCUGUUCAUGCAAGUGGCGGCUGGGUCAUUUGUCGAGCAAGGCAAGGUGGAGUUGGCUGUGCUGAUGCCCGCCAGCACGAGGGAGCUGAACCAUCUGCUCCAGGGAUCUAGAGCCAGUGGUAUCCCGGCGCCGCCGUCGCAGGAGAUUUUCACCAAGCCGGGCGCCUGUUCAGAUGGCGCAGUUGCCAACUAA